AUGGCAUUUGGGGAGGUCAUCUGGCAGUUUGAUUUUCUGGACUUCCAUAAAAAUCAAAAGGUGUUGCUUCAGCCAGUUGGAGUAUUCUAUACUGUUGGAGUUUCAUUGACAAAUGCCCAUGUCAUUCUUCAUGGAUCCCAGGUAUCAACAUACUUCAAUUGUCCACCCCCCUCCCUAGAGGAGUACUUUCAUGGUACUGCAGAAGAAGCUUGGGUAGCAAGGGAGCAAGGCUACCAAGUUGAUUUUACUGGUGUGAUCCCAGGUGUGAUGGUGGAAAUGGAAGACCUUGAAGUAGGAGAAGAAAUGGAUUAA